AUGUUUCUCUUGGGCAAAAUUGAUCCUCCUAAAGCCAAAGGUGAUCUUGCUCUCAAAGCUAAAGGCGAAAACAAGUCAAACAAAAAGAGCAAGGGCAAGGCACCUAUGUCAAGUUCAAGUGAAUCUAGUGAUGACUCAAGUCAUGAGGAUGGUGAUGAAGACACCAAGCUUGCUCUCCUCAUGAGGAAGACCACAAAGCUCAUGUCAAAGUUGAACAAGAAGGGGUACAACUUUGACCCCAAGAAAAACAAAAUCCAACAAGAAGCAAAAGAUGAGGACAAUCAAUCAAGGCACAAGAAAGAUCAUGAUUACAAGAAAGACCAUGACAAGAAAAAGUACAAGAAGAAGAGGUCUUUCAAGAAGAAAGAGAAGAUCAAGGCUUUCCUUGGGGAGUGGAUCACCGACGGUGAGACCUCAAGCGACGACGAUGAUGAUGAUGAUGACUCCAAAACGUCGUUGUGGGGAUCGUCAUCCAUGAUGAUGAACCACCGCUACCUCCACCACCCAUGUGCCUCAUGGCUAGAGAUGGCAGGUGACAGAAAGGGCAAGGCCAAGGUUGACGAGUUGCCUAAGAAGAAGAAGCGGACUCGUGAGGAGCAAGAUUGGGAGCAUACACAGGGAGCCGCAGAUGCUGCAGACCGCCCUCGGAGGCUCUUCCAGAUCCGAGAGUCCCGGGCAGCUACUGAGGGGGAGUCUGAGCCAGAUGCUCAGCCAGUUCCGGGCACUCCGACUUUAUGUCGUUCUGCACGUACCAGAGGCACAGCUCAGACCCCACCUGCUCGUGGUGGUCCUCGCGUCCGUGGUGGACGCCCUCCGAAGCCUGGAGGCCACACUCAGCCUCAAACAAACACAGCCGGUCAGACAGAUGAUCAGCUAGAGAGUGAUCCAGAGGAUCAGUCAGGGGACAGGUCCGUGUUUCUGAUCGACGUUCGUGAGUUCACAGUGACCAGAGUGAGGAGGAUGAGAUACGUGGACGAGCAGACUUGGUUUCCCGAGCAGAGGGACAGGGACGCAGACUCGUGCUUUCACACACUCCUCCAGGAGUCCUUGUACUUCUGGUAUGUCCAGCUUGGGAUCAUGAUGAGUGAGCAAAAGAUGCUUCGCUAG